AUGCAUAUUGAUUUGGAAAAUAAGCAAUGGAGUAGCAGGAGGUUUAGUGAGGAUGAUAUUUGUAAUUUUUUGAAAAGUUACAAGCUUCUAGACAUUGCAAAAUAUUUCUACAAUUCAUCUUCUAUCAUUUCUCCGAAUGACUACAGGUCACUCAAAGAUAUAUACACCUCAUACUACAGUAACUCCGUUAGUAACGGUGGGAUUAGGACUUACAACGAUGAUUUCUUGGAUUAUAUAAAUGCUACAUCAGCCAAAUUAUAUGAUUUUGGUACAACAAAUGUUGUUAAUUUUUCAUUGUCUGAAUACGCAGUAAUGAACAGUUUUAAUGGAGUAAAAAUGUCUGACUAUACGCGCUACGAAUGUAGUAUGUUAAAUGAUCUGGUUUUGGUGGAUAAUCUGUAUUGGAGUGAUGAUUCUGAUGAAGAAAAUGUUGAUUUAUCGCCCAAUUCAAGUGAAAGUUUGGAUAUUAGUAUGGCAAAGAUAGGAUAUAACGCAGUAAUACAAUGUGUACAGGAUAAACAAUCCACCGCGCAUUUAAAACAAUUGAUCAUGCGACAGGAUUUGGUAGCUAGACUUGAAAGUAGAUUGAGAGUAAAUAUCUACAACAAUUCUGGCUUGAUAUAUAACGUUUUGUUUAUGGAUUCCAUCGGUUUAAUCCGAUUACUCAAUAGUUACUGUUGCUGUAUAAACAAAAAGUUGAUUAGGGCCCAUGUAACAAUCGUGGAUGGUAUAAUGAUAGAUAAUGUUUUUGAUGUAAAUGAUAGUUACAUUGUAUGUUUUCUAGAUACUAUUUCACUAAACACUUCAGAACCAAGUAAAUUAAUUGCGAUAAUAGAUAUCAUUGUAAGUGAAUGCGGCAUUGGCAAAAAUAAUUAUAACAUUUAUCAUAUGAUAAUUGGUGAUGAAUGUAACUUAUCGUAUUUUACUCACGGUGGAACUUCUGAAUUUGAUAUUCUAUCUGUAGUAAACAGAAACAAGGUCAUAUGUAUCCCAUUUAUCACAAAUGGUGAAAUCAAGAAGUGGCUUGAACAGUGGCUAAAUUUGAAACUACAUCCAAUUGCAAAUUUGAACUCAGAAUUGAUGAAUGUGUUGGAUAGAAUCAUCAGGUCACUAGGCACAACAAUGGAUAAAUACUUGAUCUGCAUCCUACCUGUAUCACUAAGUGAUAUAACUUUGUUUGAUGAAAGAUUUUCUUUGAAUUUGGCAUCAAGUGACACAAGUAUGCAUAAAGCGAUUGAUUUGCUAAGCUCCGCGAUUGGAGACACGAAUGUCAAACAUAUAUUGGAAUCAAUUGCCUACAGGGAUGCCAAAAUUUUAUACUAUAACCUAAUUGGUACUGAGAAGAUACAUAAUCAUGUGCCAGUUGACAAUGAGCUAUUUAAUUUGUUAGAUCAAGAAAUUUCCAAACAAAAUUUAACUAAUAAUAUCUUGGGUUACUGUGGAACCCACUAA